AUGGAAAAAAGAUACAUUUGCCCUCGGUGCAACCAAGAGAUUGCGUCGCACGACAAGGAGGAACACAACGACUGGCACUUUGCCGAGGAACUCGAGCGCGCCGAAGGCGCUCCGUCUGCGACACGAGCCCAGUUGCCCGCAUCGUACAGCGCCCCAUCGCCGACAAAACAACAGCAGUCUUGGAUACAGCCAGUCGACAGUCAUCACCAACCAACAACCAAUGUUGCGCAUACGACAAGGAAGCAUCGCCACGUCCCUUACGUCAACGCCGUCGACAAGGCGGCAAACUUGCGCGCCCUCACCGAGAGGGAAAUGCAAAAUGCUCUCCAGAGUCUACAAAUGCAAUAUCGCAUCUUCAACAGCGAAAUCGAACCCGAACACGACUCCGACUACCCAUGCGGCUGUCCAAUCCACCAGUACCAACGCAUGAAGCGCAGCCGUCGUCCAGUGCUUACCCAAUGGUCAGAAGCUGUCAUGUAUCCAGGCGAGAAAAUGUAUCACGACCUGGCACCACAAACCACAAUCUUUAGUGGCAAUCCCUACCAACUUCGUGUUACUUCGCCCUACGGCUAUGGUGGCGCCGGUGCUUGGACACGACAGCAUCCUCGACCGGCUUAUCAUGUCAAAUUCAUCCACCAAACCAUUUCACUCAACAAUCAAUUGAAUCGUGAUGCUCAGGCCAAAGUCGAUGCCAUGGAACCCAGGCAAAGCAUUUGGGAGGACAGAGCUCCAUUCACUACAUCGGUCGCUUCUGAGAAAGGCAGACACCCCGUCUGCGAGGCUGAUGCGAAAUCUCAUCCGGCAGAGAAAGCACCUGAAUAUGAGUCAGCACCAAGCACGACCGGGCCUCCUCGGCGCAGCAGCACUUCGAGAUUCUCAUCGUUCAUCAAAGCUGUGGGAAUCAAGUCAUCAGAUGAGAGAGCGACAGCAAAGUCUGAGAAAGCAGCUGGUCAAGGCAUCGAAUUACGCCACAAGAUACUCGCAGAGGAGGCAGGUCGAUGGCCUGACGACGUGACCAGACAGAUCGUGGCGACCUACCAGAACAAAGUCGGCAUGGAAGCCAAAAUUGCCCACCUUCGAGCAUGUCAACCUCUGCAAUAUCUUCACCUGCUUCGUGCAGGAUAUUUUGAGCCGAUUCCCGUCGUCUGGGCUGAUCAAGCUACGAGCAUACUCACCUUCAACAUCGAAGCUGCCGGUGGUUGGCGAGGCAUCACUCCUCAAUGGCGAGGAUACGAGGAUACAGCAGAAGAGCGUCUGUAUUGGGUUUUGAAUCACAGGGAAGGACCUUCGAAUGUCGUACGCAUGAAGCCGGACUUCAUUUCGGAGAUGAACAUGGCCCGCGACCGCAUGGCACAAGCUGUUGAGCCGCCGCCAGACUACUAUGCUGCUGAUGAUACAUGUCAUCUGCAACAUACCUCAAAGGGUUACUCAAAGCAGGUCAUGCCCCCACCUUUUAGAAUGAGCGACCGUCCAGAAGUCCCCACUGACGACACGAUGAUCUUGCUCGAUAUCUCUGGGUCCAUGGACUUUGAUCCUAUUCGACCAAAUUACGAUCAAUACCUCAUCACUGGCUUUUCCCCAUCGACACAACCCAAGAACAAAGACGUCGCCAAAGCCAUCAUCCGCCGAUUCAUCGAUGCAAUGGCAAACCAUGAUCACGAGUUCAACGGCUACGACCUCGUAACUUUUUCCUCUCAUGCAAGAUUCGCGGGCACAAUUACUCACACCAACCUCGACGCCACUUGGAACAGAAUUGCCAUCGGCGGAGGCACUCGCGUAAUGACGGGCUGGCAAAAAGUAAAGACACGCCAUUUCGAAAAGCAUUCUGAAUCCGCCACUUAUCACUCUGUGUAUGGCUGGCAAGCAGGUGCCUCAACACCAAUGUUGCGAUUGCUUCUUCUCCUCGACGGCGAAGCAACGGAUAUGGAUGAGUUCGAACUCGAACUGCUGGGUUUGUCAUGGGCGCAUGUGACGAUCUUUCUGAUUGGAGUAGACGGAUGUCCUCACCAUCAUCGCCAUGCAAAUGAGCUACAGAGGAUCAGUGAUGUGAAUCCUCAUGUCAGUUUCGUGGAUGCGCAGGGUAACACGCCCGAGAGGUUUGUGACGCAUGAGUUGUUGAAAAGGCAUUUGGGAUAUGAUGUUUCGAUGGAGGAGUUUAGAGAGUUGGAAGAGUUGCCGCCUUAUGUUGUAUAA